GGACAAAACGAAAGUGUUGACUACACAGCAGUGAAGCAAAGAUGAUGUUCCUCCUCCUGAUUGUUUUUUGUUUAUUCAAAGCCUCGACUUCACUCAGUCUACAUGGAGACACAACAGCUGAGUACGGCGGUGAUGCGCACUACAAGUGCGCGCUGUCAAAUUCCACAGGUGUGCUGCAGGUCACAUGGCAAAGGUUCGUCAAGGGGACAGUGGAGAACAUGGCAACAUACAGCGAGCGAUUUGGAACAGACGUAAACAUCGCCUACCGUGGAAAAGUGCUCGUUACGAAAGAGUCUUUCAGCCCUUCGGCGAUCAAACUGACGAAUCUCACAUGGGAGGAUGAGAGCUGUUUAGUCUGCGCCUUUAACAUCUUUCCUGGCGGCUCGAAAAGAAGUCAGAUUUGCCUCAAAGUGCAAGGGAUAUCACAGGUGAACACAAUGCACCAUGCAAAGCAAGAUGGAGAAGUUGUGUUUAGCUGCUCCGCCACAGGCAAACCAGCUCCCACCAUAGCGUGGAACCUUUCAGAUGGAGCCACAAUCGCAGACCAACCACAGAUCGUCACAGUAAAAAACAGCGACCACACUUUCAACACCAGCAGCAACAUAACUGUGAAAGUACCUCCCGAUUGGAGUGGACACGCGGCAUGUGUGCUGAACCGUGGAAAAAUUGGAGAGAGGGAAGAGAGGAUCGCUUUCUCCUCCUCUGCAUCGGCGGACAAGGAUGACAAGAGUGGGACAGAACCGUCUCCGUCAGCGAUCGCACUGAUCUGCAUUACUAUAAUUGUUUGCUGUAUAGCUGUUGCAGUGUAUGUGAUUAAAAGGAGGUCUAGGAAGCACAACCAGCGCGAAGGAUCAGGUUGCAUGCAUGCAUAACCAAUGUUAGACUUUCUAGCUGCCCCUUAUGCGAUGCAAGCAUUAAAAACACCUUUCCUUUGCAUAUGAACUGUGAAUUAAGGUCAAGCAUUGGCAGGUAGCUUCAAACUUUCACAUCUGUGGACCUGUCCAUUGACAUUUCUUGUGAACUGCGCUACUUAGCACUUUAAUGUCAUGGAGCUUUGAGCAAAACAUGUUUCAUCCGACUCUGAAUGUAAAAGAAUUAAAAUACAUCAUGGAGAAGAAGCGGUGCAAAGUCACAAGGAUCUGAUAGGAAUAUAGCUUUUCGGGAUUGCAUGCAGAACCUUUAAGAAGUAAACCGGAGUGUUUUUCAACAAAAGCAGAUAGGGUGUGUGUGUGUGUGUGUGUGUGUGUGUGUGGUCACUGGAAGUAAGGAAAUACCCUGCAGGCGGUGACGAUAUUACACUGGGGCUGUACUGCUAUCUAGUGGUCCUAUCAAGGAAUACAGGGAAGGACAUGCAGACGGAUGCAGGGUCCACAUACUGUAGCUCAUAUGAGGCAACUCAAGGAAACGUUCCUAGCAAAUUUGAACAAAUACCUCAACAAAAUAAUUUCUAUGUUUAGAUGUUAUUCACUGCUUCCAUGUAGUAAAUGUGUACUUUCAGUUUGGCACUUUUCUGGCAGUUUGCACUUCAGUGUUUGUACUAUUAUUAAAUAUUAUUUUAAGUGGUAGAGUGCAGUCAGUAUGCAAAUGUGCUGGCAUAUAGCUUAAAUACAUUUAAUUUACAUUUAAGCUACAUGCCAGCUUUAGCUGUGGUAAAAUGAAUGUGAGUUAGUCCCAGUCUUUCCCUUGUGUUAUUAACCUGUGGUGUGGUUAUCUUAAAUGUUUGCACUGAUAUAUCUUUAAUAAUUUAUUUUCAAAUAUUAUUUAUUGUUGAACUAAUUAAAUGUGUCUAAACUGUG